AUGAACGCGACGGCCACCGCACCAGCGGGGAGUCGGCUCAAAUUCAAGGAAUACUCCCCACACAUUGAAGUCAGCUUUUGGUACGAGCUUGAGCGUCGCAAGCUCCACGAAUGGCGUCUGCAGGAGCCUGUGGUGCCCUUGACGCUCUUUUGCACAGUAAACGCUGCGUCCUCCAGCGCUCCUGCUAACAUCGUCACAGUGAGGCGAGAGAGUCUAGACAAACCCGCCGCCAUUGCGGCAGGAAAUCCCCAGAGGCCGCCGACUACUCUUGCCGCUGCUACUCCCACAACUGCACCUUUUUCAAUUCCCAUGUUUGUGGGUGGGGAGCUGCAAAACUUUAAUACGUUUGAGCAGCUUUGCCGUUUGCCGCGGCGGGAAACCCUUUGGCGGGUGCUGAAGGAACAGCUCCUCAACCCACUUCUUUACGGCCACGGGAGCAAAAACACCGAGAUGGGUGAAGAUUACGACGCGGUUGAAACCCCAAUCGAUAAGGUCUGGGAUAGUAUGAACUUCGCUCUUGCCGCGAUGUUCACUUACACCGACCUGAAAAAACAUCAGUUUCAUUAUACAUUGGCGUUCCCUGUUGUGGAUCUUGGCUCGCCUGUUUAUGUAAAGCAUCGCGUAAAGAGUGGCUAUGCGGCUCUUGCAACGGAGUACGGAGCUUUGCAUUUUGCCAACCGCACAGCUGUCGAUCGAGUACAUGCACAUUUGCUGGAUCGGCUACAGCGUCACCCAGAGCGCGGCCCAAAUCCCUUUAUUGUCGUCCGCAAAGGGGCGGCAGUCAAUGAUGAAAGUGAAACGGUGAGUUUUUACCCUUUCGCACCUACGACGAUCAAGCAACUAAGCAAAUCCCCGUUUCUCGUCGUUAUGGCAGACGUUUCCACAAUGGAGGAUUUUCCUGGAUGGUCUGCGCGCAACGUGGUUGGCGCGCUUCGCCUCGCCCAUCCGUCAACAACGUCUUUUACACUGUACUGCAUCCGCUACAAUGACGUAGAACAGAGUGUAGUAUUUGAGUGUACUUGUGAUCCACUGAAGUUGACGUUGGAGGAUGCAGUAGCGGGCGCAAAUGCGGGAGAAGAAAUUGCCCCCAUAAGAGCAGUUGGGUGGACUGAGCGGAAAAGUGCGGCUUCCCCUGUGAGCUCUAUUGACCUUGGGGCCAUGAUGGAUCCGGAGCGUUUGGCAGAAUCGAGCGCUCGACUAAAUCUCAGCUUGAUGAAGUGGCGCAUGUUGCCUGACCUCCGGCUUGAUGAAUUGGCCGCCUGUAAGGCUCUGGUGCUAGGGAGUGGCACUUUGGGUUGCAAUGUGGCACGCCACCUCUUGAUGUGGGGAGUCACGAAGAUAACUCUCGUGGAUCGUGGCGACGUCUCCUUCUCAAAUCCCGUGCGACAAACGCUUUUUGAGAUGUCUGACGUCAUUAACCCCAAAGCGGAGGAACGCAAUAAAGCCGUUGCGGCUGCCAAGGCACUGAAGCGUGUCCUUCCCACAGUGCAGGCGUGCGGCGUGCCGUUGACAAUUCAUAUGCCGGGGCAUCGCAUAGACAAGCAGCGUGAGGCGGAGGCAAUCGCCGAGAUUGAACGACUGGAUGCCCUUAUUCAGGCGCACGAUGUUGUUUUUCUUCUUACCGAUAGCCGAGAGGCCCGAUGGUUGCCAACCGUGAUGGCCACAGCGCAUAAUAAACCCCUCAUAAACGCGGCAUUAGGGUUUGACACGUAUGUUGUUAUGCGUCACGGCGUCGAGGAAAAAGAAGGAAGUGCCGCCUCCCGUUUAGGCUGUUACUUUUGUAGCGACGUGGUUGCUCCGCGGGACAGCGUGACGGCGCGUUCGCUUGACCAACAGUGCACCGUCACGCGUCCGGGGGUAUCUGCGAUUGCCUCGGCGACGGCUCUGGAGUUGCUGGCGCAGUUGUAUAACCACCCGCUAGGCUUUGCGUGUCCUCCGUACACGGAAGCCGGAGUGCAACAAGGACAGCCGCGGCAGGAUGAAGGCUCCCCAGCCACACCGUCCACCAACGUCAGUGGGGCUGCGUGUGUUCUCGGCAAAAUCCCACAUCAGAUUCGUGGGAGUGUUUUCACGCACCACAUUUAUACACUAUAUGGCUACCGCUAUGACUUGUGUACGGCCUGUUCUGACGCGGUGGUGGGGGCGUACCGAAGCGAAGGGGCUUCCUUUGUCCUGCGCUGCGUGAACGAUCCCCUCUACAUUGAGGAGGUGUGUGGGGUGAAGGCCUUCAAGGAGGGAUUUAAGCUUGACGACCUUGGUGAGUGGGAUGUCGAGUCGCACAGCGAUUGA